GGGCGGGGUUAGCACCACUCCGGGCGCGGCUAAAGCGCCCAGAUGGUCUGUGGGCGCCAAGGCGUCCCAGGUCCUAGCCCCGGCGCAACUCUGGGCGACUGGGAGGGACGCAGACAGCUCAGCGCAAGAGGGGCCCCCAAAAAACAACGCACCGAAACACCUCGGAGCGCAGCCCCAGCCUCUUCUCCAAAGUCACUCUAUCUUCCCUUCGGCACCGGCGCCCGGGCACCCCGGUAGCUGCCGAGCUGGGGGGUCGCUCCAGUUGCGAGGACCCCGGCUGCCCACCGGAGGAGGAACGGGCGCCCAGAAUGGGCUGCGUAAAGUCCAAGUUCCUCCGGGACAGAGGCAAGGUCUCAAAGAGCGAGCCCAACACCAACCCACACAAUCCCGUGUAUGUGCCGGAUCCUACAUCCUCCUCAGGAAAGCGGUGGCCAGACAGCAGCCAAAGCAACCCACCCGAGGCCACAGAGGCAGGUUCUGAGGACAUCAUUGUGGUUGCCCUGUAUGACUACGAGGCCAUUCACCAUGAAGACCUCAGUUUCCAGAAGGGGGAUCAGAUGGUUGUCCUGGAGGAGUCUGGGGAGUGGUGGAGAGCUCGAUCCCUGGCCACCCGGAACGAGGGCUACAUCCCAAGCAACUAUGUUGCCCGCGUCAACUCUCUGGAGACAGAGGAGUGGUUCUUCAAGGGCAUCAGCCGGAAGGAUGCAGAGCGCCAACUCCUGGCCCCAGGGAACGUGCUGGGCUCCUUUAUGAUCCGGGACAGUGAGACCACCAAAGGGAGCUACUCUUUGUCCGUGCGAGACUACGACCCCCAGCACAGGGACACGGUGAAGCAUUACAAGAUCCGGACCCUGGACAGCGGGGGCUUCUACAUCUCCCCACGGAGCACUUUCAACACCCUGCAGGAGCUGGUGGCCCACUACAAGAAGGGGAGCGACGGGCUCUGCCAGAAGCUGACCGUGCCCUGCGUGUCCUCCAAGCCCCAGAAGCCUUGGGAGAAAGAUGCCUGGGAGAUCCCCCGGGAGUCCCUCAAGAUGGAGAAGAGACUUGGAGCGGGGCAGUUUGGGGAAGUCUGGCUGGCCACCUACAACAAGCACACCAAGGUGGCCGUGAAGACGAUGAAGCCCGGGAGCAUGUCUGUGGAGGCCUUCCUGGCAGAAGCUAACCUGAUGAAAACUCUGCAGCACGACAAGUUGGUGAAGCUGCACGCGGUGGUCACCACGGAAGAGCCCAUCUACAUCAUCACGGAGUUCAUGGCCAAAGGCAGCCUGCUUGACUUCCUGAAAAGUGAAGAAGGCAGCAAGCAGCCUUUGCCAAAACUCAUCGACUUCUCGGCCCAGAUUGCAGAAGGCAUGGCCUUCAUCGAGCAGAGGAACUACAUCCACCGUGACCUCCGAGCUGCCAACAUCUUGGUGUCUGGGUCCCUGGUGUGCAAGAUUGCUGACUUCGGCCUGGCCCGGGUCAUCGAGGACAAUGAAUACACAGCUCGGGAAGGGGCCAAGUUCCCCAUCAAAUGGACAGCUCCUGAAGCCAUCAACUUCGGCUCAUUCACCAUCAAGUCAGACGUCUGGUCGUUUGGUAUCCUGCUGACGGAGAUCGUUACCUACGGCCGGAUCCCUUACCCAGGGAUGUCAAACCCUGAGGUGAUCCGGGCACUGGAGCACGGGUACCGGAUGCCCCGACCAGAGCACUGCCCAGAGGAGCUCUACAACAUCAUGACUCGCUGCUGGAAGAACCACCCCGAGGAGCGGCCCACCUUCGAAUAUAUUCAGAGCGUGCUGGAUGACUUCUACACGGCCACCGAGAGCCAGUACCAACAGCAGCCUUGACUGGGGCGACCAGGGCAGGGCCAGGUGCCAAGGGCACCACCUGCUCAGUGCCCACUCACCCUUCCCACUCUCAGACACCCACCCUCAGCUGUCAAGAGGGUAGGCUGGACUGGACAAUCUCUUUUUGACUCUAGCAAUCCACAAUCUGCCAUUUUUAAGACACCUCCAGUUGAUAUUUCUAUUGCCUGGGACAGCGGGAUUCUGGUUAUAGCUGUGGUUUAGAUGGGAAACUUUAACAAUAAUGAAAUAAAUAUUUAAAUCAAAGAUAUGAAUGCUAAAGGUUUUA